AAGCGAUCAUAGAAUACUAAAACUAAAUAUGCUGUCUCCUUUAUGAACUCGUUAACAGGAGAAAGUCUUUGCAAAAUUUAAGACGGCUUUUUAAUCACAAUGACUGUUACCAUGAAGACGAACAAGUCCUAUAAACUUGUGAUUCACAAGAAGGGUUUUGGGGGAAGCGAUGACGAGCUGAUGAUGAACCCUAAAGUGUUCCCCCAGGUCUCUCUGGGGGACAUAGUUGAGAUUGCACACCCAAAUGACGAGUACAGUCCUCUCCUACUCCAGGUGAAGAGUCUCAGAGAAGACUUACAGAAAGAGACUGUAAGUGUGGACCAGACUGUAGCGCAGGCCUUUAAGCUGCGGGCUUACCAGGACGUCUUCAUCAACAUCGUAGAGGCCAAGGACGUGACCCUGGAUCUGGUGGAGCUCACAUUUAAGGACCAGUACAUCGGACGAGGGGACAUGUGGCGAUUAAAAAAGAGUUUGGUGAGCACGUGUGCGUAUGUGACCCAGAAAGUGGAGUUCGCUGGGAUCAGGGCGCAGGCCAGUGAACUGUGGGUGAAAGGAGAGAAGGUCACGUGUGGUUACAUCAGCGAAGAUACAAGGGUGGUUUUUAGAUCGACUUCGGCGAUGGUGUAUAUAUUUAUACAGAUGAGCUGUGAAAUGUGGGACUUUGACAUCUAUGGUGAUUUGUAUUUUGAAAAGGCGGUCAACGGGUUCCUCUCUGAUCUCUUUGCCAAAUGGAAGGAGAAGAACUGUAGCCACGAGGUCACGGUGGUUCUCUUUUCACGUACGUUCUACACUGCCAAAUCACUGGAUGAAUUUCCUGAGAUCCAGAGGGGCUCUAUCAGGCAGGACCAUGAGGGCCGUUUUUAUGAGGAUUUCUAUAGGGUCGUGGCGCAGAACGAAAGACGUGAUGAGUGGACCUCCCUGCUGAUCACCAUUAAAAAACUCUUUAUCCAAUACCCUGUGUUAGUCCGCCUCAAAGGAGCAGAUGGUUUCCCCUCUGGCCAGAAUUCCACUGCGGCCCAGGGAAAUUACCUAGAAGCCAUCAACCUGUCCUUUAACGUCUUUGACAAGCAUUACAUCAACCGCAACUUUGACCGCACCGGUCAGAUGUCUGUGGUCAUCACUCCAGGAGUGGGCGUGUUCGAAGUUGACCGCCUCCUCAUGAUCCUCACCAAGCAACGGAUGAUUGACAACGGGAUUGGUGUGGACCUGGUGUGUAUGGGAGAGCAGCCUCUCCACGCUGUUCCUCUGUUUAAGUUACAUAACCGUACAGUGUCUGGAGACUCACGACUUGGAGAUGACUACAACCUGCCGCAUUGGAUUAACCACAGUUUCUACACGUCAAAGAGUCAGAACUCCUGCAGCUGUUUCACGCCCAGGAUAAAGCUAGCCGGACGCAAGGUCCACGCGGAAAAAUCGAAAAAUAUCAAAGACCACUCUCUUGGAACGCCGAAGGAAUCAGAGAGCAGCCUUCCCAUUCAGGUUGACUACGACGCGUAUGACGGUCAAGUGUUCCGACUUCCUGGACCAUCUCGAGCCCAGAGAAGCACCAAUUUCAGGUCUGGGAGAGACAGGGAGGCGAGCGGGAGAAAGAGCUGGAGUUCGGUGGAGACCAGUGGGGUGGCGGGCGUCGGCUGUUCUCCUCCCGCUCGGCUGACAGGGCCCGAGGAGCAGAGGAGCCUGGCGUCUGACGACAGCCUGGGACGCGUCUCCAACUUCCUGCUCAUUCCCCGCCCACCCCAGGCACAGUAUGAGUGUAGCAGCUCUCUGGGAUACACCAGCACCAGAGAGCUGAUGGAGAAGAUGAUGGAGUCCCAGCGUGACUCGAGCGCUCCGGGCCGUUUCACCGUGGGCAGCGCGGAGUCCACUCUCCACGUUCGGCCCGGUGGCUACACCCCUCAGAGGGCACUCAUCAACCCCUUCGCCCCCUCCCGCAUGCCCAUGAAACUCACCUCCAACCGCAGGCGCUGGAUGCACACCUUCCCCGUGGGCCCGUCUGGAGAGCCGAUUCAAAUCCACCACCAGACCCGACAGAACAUGGCCGAACUGCAGGGCAGCGAGGAGCGAGACCCCGCCCACACCUCCGCAGAACUCCUGGAGCUGGCCUAUCAGGAGGCGGCUGGCAGACGAACAGCAUCUCGCCAGACAGCAGAAAAUGGUCUCUAUAUCAGCGGAGGUGUGGAGGAGUUUUCCGGAAGCCCAGCCAGUAGUAACAGUACAGGUACACCCGUCAACCGUGGUUCUUCUUUUGAAGACUUCUCAAGCAGUCCGGACCCAAUGCCCAGUUUCUGCUGCACAGUUGGGGUGGACUGGAAGUCUCUCACCACCCCUGCAUGUCUGCCCCUCACCACCGAUUACUUCCCUGACCGUCAGACACUGCAGAACGACUACACAGAGGGCUGCUAUGACCUGCUACCCCACACCGACCUGGAGAGACGUGAUGAAGACACGCCGGUGAUGACUGCACCCCAGGUGUUUGAAGAGUUUCUCUGUCAGCGUCUGAUGCAGGGUUAUCAAAUAAUCGUCCAACCAAACAACAGGAAACCGCCGCCUUCCGUGGCCCCUCCCCUCAGCAGCAGCCCGCUGUAUUCCCGAGGGCUGGUGUCCAGACGCAGGCCAGAGGAAGAGGAGUGUGUUUAUUGGCUGAGUAUGGGCAGGACCUUCCAUAAAGUCUGUCUGAAAGACAAGAUCAUCACAGUCACACGAUACCUGCCCAAGUACCCGUGCGAGUCUGCUCAGAUCCAGUACUGUUACAGCCUGUGUCCUCCACACGCCGACGCCAGUUUCCUGUCCUGCUGGGUGGAGUUUGGUCACGAGCGUCUGGAGGAGUACAAAUGGAACUAUUUGGAUCAGUACAUCUGCUCCGUCGGAUCGGAAGACUUCAGUCUUAUAGACUCUCUGAAGUUCUGGCGCACUCGCUUCCUGCUGCUUCCGGCGGGCGGAGCCCGGAAAGUGGCGGAUGGGGAGGGCCACUGGGAUGUGUAUGGGGAAGGGGCAGGGGCGUGGCGUGACGGAUUUUCGGGCGCGGGAGACUGGGCCCUGCUGGAUGGUUUCAUUCGAUUCUUGGAAGGACUGAACAGAAUUCGCCGGCGUCAUCGCUCUGACAGGAUUGUCCGGAAAGGACCUGCCAUGAAAGGCCUUCAGGUUGCUAGCUCUCUUUCUUCAUACACUCCAGAAAAUGUAGCGCCCCCUUUGGUUAAGAAGGGAACCUCCGCUCUGUCGGCUCUGCUUGAGCUGGACCAGACCCAGAAGAGCUUGGAGGAGCAGCAUCAACAGCAGCAGCAGGUCUCACAGCAACACGGAGUUAAGACCUGUGGCCCUGUCGGUGAAGCUGCCAGCGUUGCCAUGGCAACCACUUACGUGGACAGCCCACGGAAGGAAGCUGGCUUCAUCCUGGACUUUAUACGCAGUCCUCGUUCAUCCUACAUCUCUCACUCUCAGAUGCCAGCUGAGCAAUUCACAGCCAAUCCUGUUGAAGGUGGGGUAACAGACAAAGGAGGGAACCAAUCAAAUGAGAGGACUGCUGUAGGUGGUUCUACAUCACAGCCCACAGGAGAUGCAGCCUCUGGAGCGACUGCAGAGAUCAGUAGCCAAUCAGGCUCCAGCGGUCUUGGUCUCACCUCAUCCUCAACUCUGCUGGAGAUUCUUGAGGCCAUUAAACACCCAACGACCGGCGUGCAGCUCUUGCCGGAGCAGAGGGGUCUGCCUCCGAACUGUUUUAUCAGCGCUGAGGUGGUCCACUGGCUGGUCAACUCUGUGGAGAAUGUGGCCACACAGGGAAUGGCUGUGGACAUCAUGCAGAAAAUGUUGGAUGAGGGUUUGGUCGCUCACGCGUCAGGGGAGGCCAUGCGGACCUUCGUCUACGGUUUUUACUUCUACAGGAUUGUGUCGGACAAAGACGGUUCAGCGGCAACCAAUCAGGGCCCUCCUGCCGGAGCAGGGGUGUGGUCGACGGCCGCCCUGGAAGACUUCGCCUUGUUCCAGAGGAAGUGGUUUGAGGUGGCUUUCGUGAUGGAGGAGCGUCGACCCUGCGAUCUCCCGGCCUUCCUGCUGCCCUGGCUGCCCAGCCGGCCGGCCUCGUACGCAAGUAGGCACAGUUCCUUCAGCCGCAGCUUCGGAGGACGCAGCCAAGCUGCCGCACUGCUAGCUGCCACAGUCCCUGAGCAGAAAACGGUCACCUUGGACGUGGACGUGAACAAUCGCAGCCACCGCACGGAGUGGUGCAGCUGCUAUUACCAUGGCAACUUCUCCCUCAACGCUGCCUUUGAGAUCAAACUGCAUUGGAUGGCUGUCACCGCGGCUGUCCUCUUCGAGAUGGUCCAAGGUUGGCACAGGAAGGCAGCGUCCUGCGGGUUUCUCCUUGUCCCCGUGCUGGAGGUGCCCUUUGCCCUGCCCUCUCACCUGUACGGCGACCCCCUCCGCGCCCAGCUCUUCAUCCCCCUGAACAUUCAGUGUCUGCUCAGGGAGGGCAGCGAAAGCCUGUUUGAAGGGUUUGAACCCGAGACAUACUGGGAUCGCAUGCAGCUUUUCCAGGAGGCCAUACUUCACAGGUUUGGCUUUGUUCAAGACAAGUUCUCUGCAUCAUCCUUCAACUUUCCCUCGGAGAACAAACCACAGUACAUCCACAUUACAGGCACUGUGUUCCUCCAGCUGCCCUACUCCAAGAGGAAAUACUCCAGUGGGCAGAGACGCAGGCGGAACUCCACCAGCUCCGCCAGCCAGAGCAUGUUUGGCUGUGAGGAGAGGGCGGGUUACAACUGGGGUUAUAACACCAUGCUGACCAGGGCCUGGAGGACCAGCGUGCUGGGAGACGAGAAACUGGCCGACCGCUUGCUCCGAGACUUCACCGACUUUUGUGCCAAUAAAGACAACAGGCUACUGGGCUUCUGGGAGAGCUGCGUGGAGAAAAUGAACUCCAGUGCCCCUUAAAAGACAAAAACAGAUGGAAAAAGUGUGUGUGUGUGUGUGUGUGUGAGAGAGAGAAAGAGAAAGAGAGAGUGGGAGUGGGAGAGGGAGAGAGGGGAAGUGUUGUACACUGUCAGACAGUGAAAAUAAGGAAAUGAACUGGUCUUGGCUGCCUGGGACUGGUUUUCUGGAUAACUCUGGCAAAUUGUAGAACAGCUUCACAAGGCCCAUCUCUGCAUUGUGUAAGAGGCCGUAUUCAAAAUGAGCUGCCCUGCUGCAUCUAGUCCUAUUAUUUAAAUUU